AUGCUGUUUGCGAUGGAACAGAGGCCAAUCACGGGUCCCGUGGACGAGUUUACCACGACAAGGAAUAUCCUCACGCAGCUGCAGAACUUCUUUGAACAGCACAGCUUUGACACUUGUGGGCCGUAUUCGGAUCUCUUUUCGGUCUUGCUCUCCUGCUGUAAACAUCUUGUCGACACCAACCUGCACCACCACGCGAUCCUCGUAACCCAGAGGCGAGAGGUUACUCGCCUGGCCUCGGAGACGCAGGCACUCUGCGACCUGAGUGCACGCUGUCAGGCUGACUUGCAUGAGUUGAAAUCGCCGUCGCUGGAGCCGCGUUUGGCGGAGCGGAGGGAGCGAACCCCACUGCGGUCGGACGCCGCCUCCCACCACGCGUCGUGCGCAGAGGAUGGGGAAACCCCUUGGGGUGGACUGGAUGAGUUUCGCAGGCAUCUCCACGAAACGCAGAUGUCCGUGGCUGAGUUGCGCCGUCGCCAGGAAGAAGUUGAGCAACGUCUACUGGAAGAGCACCGACGGAACUCCGACGGAAUUAGGCAACUGCGGCAGCUGGAGGAAAGUAUCGACGGGCUAAGGCGUGAUCUCUCGGCGCACGCCGAGUGCGUUGACGGGGAAGUCACAAGGAUGAAGAAGCUUGUGGCCGCUGCCUCUGCUGCCGCCUCCCCCGUGGAGCGCGUCUCCGCUAUGACGCAGUACACCGACAAAAAAGUGGAUGCGUUAAGAAGCGAGUUGUGUCUGGCUCUGCGAGAAACGGUAUUGGAUAACCAAGUGGGUAGCCCAAAUUCACCCGUUAUUCAACCCUGCAAUGGCGGCGUUGCUGGCGCGAUGCCAACCGCUAUGAAACGAACAGACGGCAACGACGGCGAAGCUGAAGUGCGGCAUGAUGACUUUGCCUCUGGUCUGCGCCGGCUUGUGUCAGCGACGUCGGGGCAGAUUGCCACGCAAAUGGAAAAGCUGGAGAGUAGAAUAGAGGCACUUGAAGUGUAUGCACCGCAUUAUUGUGCCAUGGCUGCGCGUCCUCCUUUGCUGGGAGUUGAGCUGCGCGAUGAAAAAGGCAUUGGGGUUCGUAUAGAUAAAGUUUUUCGCAGCUUUGCAGGUGAGGCUGCUGGAAUGAUGCCGGGCGAUGUUGUGAUUGGCUUAAAUGGCCAAUCGGUGUUGACGCGGGCCGACAUGUACGCUGUCAUGACGGAACUAGUGAGAGAACAUCAGUCUAGAUGCCGUGUCCUGAGGCAAUUGUAUUUCAAGCAGCACAUGAGGCAAGAGAAGAGCGUCGGCGUCCUUAUGAAUAGGGGGCAUGGCUUCAAUUUUCCUGUUAGUAGUGAGUCGGCGACAACAACGCCUGACCUCGACAGUUGCUGGGAACUGCCGCGAUUGGAACUGAGGUUUCACUUGAAACGUGGUGGAGUUUUGCGCGAGGUGGUGCUUGUCGUUGAGGCCGACAGUGACAGUCUCUAA